AUGGAUACACUUGACUAUGUUCCUGGCCCUUUGCCAGAUUAUGAAAUGCCUAGAGACCUAGUUGGAUAUGGUGAAAAAUCAUUUGACCCAGAAUGGCCUCAUGGUGCUAGAAUAGCUGUGUCAUUCAUAUUAAAUUAUGAGGAAGGUGCCGAGCAUAAUAUUCUUCAUGGAGACGAUAGAUCCGAGGCGUACAUUUGGGAGAAGUGUGGGCCCUCGACAGAGAAGAUCAACGAUAGACAUUUAAUGAGUGAAAGUGAAUUCGAAUAUGGAUCAAGAUCUGGGGCAUGGAGACUCUUGAGACUUUUCAAAGAGUUUGGAUAUCCAAUGACACUCUAUGCUGUAGCUCAAGCAUUUGCAAAGAAUCCAGAAUUUGCAAGAGCCUGUGUGAGAAAUGGCCAUGAGAUCGCAAAUCAUGGCCUACGUUGGGUAAAUUGGGGAGAAUACGACGACGCUGGGCAGAUUGAAAUGAUUAAAAAAGCUGUAAUUUUGUUGAAGGAGUCCUCUGGUGAGGCUCCUGUAGGCGCUUACAUCGGAAGAGGAAAUAUCAAAACCCCCGCGUUGGUUAAAGAGGCACAUAAGCAGCUUGGUUUACCAUUAUUAUGGGAGUCUGACUGCUAUAAUGACGAUGUACCCUAUUGGGUGGAUCUUCCACAAGAAAAAAAUUUACCAGAUGAGCUGAAGGAAGGGAUGUUAAUGAUCCCUUAUGCAUAUGUCACCAAUGACUACAAGUUUGUGGCAUCAUCUCCUGGUCCAGGAUUUCCAGGUGCUAUGGUGUACGAGGAUUACUUGAAACAGGAAUUUGAUCAACUAUAUCGCGAAGGGGGUAAGAUUAUGAAUAUUCCCAUGCAUUCAAGGAUCUUAGGGAAACCAGGAAGAACAAAUGCUCUUAGAAACUUUAUGAAAUAUAUUAGUGAGAAGGAAGGUGUCUGGGUUUGUAACAGAAGAGAUAUUGCCAAGCAUUUUGUCGAAAAAUUUCCUUAUGUUCCAGGAGAAUUGGCAGUGAAGAAGAACUAA